AUGGCCAAUCCUAGUAAGAAUAAAUCUCUACUACGUGGCGACAAGUCAUCUUCAUCAUACAAUGAAAAUGCUAAACUCUUACCAUCAACUCAUAAAAAGAAACAACCUUCAAGUAAAUUAAAUCCAAAUCAAUCUGGACGACUAGUUACCACCGAUAGAAGAAAGUCAAUUUCAAAACUUAAAGCUAAGAAAGCUAAUCCAGCAAAUGUGUCUGCUAAAUUAGGUACCUUUGAAGGGGUAUUCCUUCCAACCGCAUUGAACGUGCUUUCUAUUUUAAUGUUCUUAAGAUUUGGAUUCAUCAUUGGUCAAAUGGGUAUCAUAGGAACAUUCUUCUUGUUAAUACUAUCUUAUUCCAUUAAUAUUUUAACUACCAUGUCAAUUAGUGCUAUUUCUACUAAUGGUACAGUAAGAGGUGGUGGAGCUUAUUAUAUGAUUUCAAGAUCAUUAGGUCCUGAAUUCGGUGGUGCGAUUGGAAUUAUCUUCUUUAUUGGCCAAAUUCUUAAUAGUUCUUUAAAUGUGGUGGGUUUUAUUGAACCUUUAAUGGUCAAUUUUGGAGAAUUCGAUGGUUCAAUUACAAAAAUAUUACCAGAAGGUUACUUUUGGCAAGUAUUAUAUUCAACUAUUUUAUUGGCUAUUUGUACUGGGGUUGCAUUAGUGGGUUCUCAAUUAGUAUCUAAAACUGCAUUCUUUUUAUUCAUUACUUUAACCAUAAGUACAUUAUCAAUUCCUGUAUCUACAUUAUUUGUUAAACCAUUUUAUCCUUUACCUCCUCCUUAUGAUGAUAUCUUAUAUAGUGGUCUUCAUUAUAAAACGUUUUUUGAAAAUUUAUGGCCUCAUUUCACUAGUGGAGCUGCAGGUUCAGUCCAACCUCCAAAUGUUCCUGAAACUUUUAGAAAUUUAUUUGGAAUCUUCUUCCCUGCUACAGCUGGUAUUUUAGCUGGGGCAUCAAUGUCAGGGGAUUUAAAGAGUCCUUCAAAAUCUAUCCCAGAAGGAACCAUAAAAGGUUUGUUUAUUACGUUUAUUUUAUAUUCCUCCGUCAUAAUCUCAAUGGGUGCUGCCAUCCCUCGUGAUUUAUUACAUGUUGAUAUUAAAAUUAUUCAAACAGUUAACUUAUCUGGAGUUAUAGUCCUUCUCGGAGAAUUUUCAACUUCAUUAUUUUCAGUUAUCAUGGGUAUCGUUGGUGCAGCCUCAAUGUUAAAUGCCAUUGCUGAUGAUAAGAUUAUUCCUGGUUUAUCACUUUUCACAACUUUAAAGAAAACUCCAAAACAACAAGAUGUAGCAAAAGUUUUAAGUAUUAUCGCUACUUGGUCCAUUGCUCAAGUUUUCUUAUUUGCCGAUAUUAAUCAAAUUGCUACCUUUAUAACUAUGGCAUUCUUAAUGACAUUUAUUGUUACGAAUAUGGCUUGUUUCUUAUUAAAAGUAGGUUCGGCUCCAAAUUUUAGACCAUCAUUUAAAUAUUUCAGUUCAAGAACUGCAUUCACCGGUGUAUUGGCAUGUUUCUUUGCCAUGUUUAUUGUCGAUGGUUUAUCUGCCACUUUAGUUAUUUUCUGUUUGAUGUUCUUAAUCUUAAUGAUUCAUUAUCUGACUCCACCAUCCAAAUUUGGUGAUAUUUCACAAUUAUUAAUCUAUCAUCAAGUUAGAAAAUAUCUUUUACGUUUAAAAUUACAAAUGAAUGUCAAAUAUUGGAGACCUCAAAUUUUAUUAUUAUCCGAUGAUCCAAGAUCAGGUUGGAAUUUAAUAGGGUUUUGUAAUCAUCUAAAGAAAGGUGGUUUAUACAUACUAGGACAUGUUGUUAUCAUGAAUGAUGAUACUACAGUGGGAGGUAAUGAUAGUGAAAAAUUCAAUAUUAAAACUUAUAAAGAGGUUGAAAAACAACGUCAAGCAUGGUUAAAAUUAAGAGAUAUGGCAAAAAUUAAAGCUUUUGUACAAAUCGCAUUGGGUCCAACAUUGCCUUGGGGAGUUAGGAAUGUUUACUUGGGUUCCGGUUUAGGUGGAAUGAAACCAAAUAUUACUGUACUUGGAUUUUAUGAAGCUGAAAAGCAUGGUUUUGAAUUGCCUGCUAUUAAAUCUUUUAAUGAUACCACAAAUUAUAAUGAAUUACCUACUGAUGAUUGUCGUAAGGAACAAAAGGUGUCAAUUAAACAAUGGGUUCAAAUUGUGGAAGAUUUGAUUAUUUUACAAGCAACAGUUGCAGUGGGUGCUAAUUUUUCAGAACUUACAAUUCCAAAAAUAGAUCAUGCUUAUCAUUUCUUUUGGUCUAAGCCUAAGCCAAAGGAAAAGUCUCUGAAGAAAUACAUUGAUUUAUAUCCUAUUCAGAUGUCAUCUAUUAAUACUCUGGAAGAUGGUAGAUCAAUAUUGUCAACGAAUUUUGAUACAUAUACUUUAAUUCUUCAAUUGGGUUCAAUUUUAUCAACAGUUCCAGAAUGGAAAUUUAGUUUAUAUACUUUAAGAGUGAUAGCAUUUGUGGAAACGACAGGUGAAGCCGUAGAUGAAUUGAAAAGAGUUCAAGAGCUUUUAGCUAAUUUGAGAAUCGAUGCCGAAUUGAAAGUUGUAUGUUUGGACCAAGGAAACCUUAAUACCUAUAACUUCCUAGUAAAAGGUUACAAUAAAACUGCUACAAAUAAAGAUGAUUUUGAUAGGUUGGAUAGAGUUUUGGCUCAUGAUCAAUGGUGGAAGAAUUUAUGUGAUGCAAGAGAAACUUUGAAAGAAUUGGAUAAACAAAAAAUGAUUAGGAAACAUAAACAUCACUUAACUAAAUCGGUGAGUAGUUCAAAGAGUUCUUUGUUAAUUCCAGAUAAAACAUUUUCUCCACUUAAUUUGACGUCCACUAGUCCUCCGGUUUCUACUAGCUUUCAAAAAAAUAGACGUUAUACACUUUCAAACUUACAUGAACAAGGUUUAUCACUUUCCUUUAAUGUGAAAAAUCAAAAUGGUGGUAACAAAUACUUCGAUUCAGAUGCAUUUGAAAGUAGUGAGUCAAGUGAUAGUGAUAAAGAAGAUGAUUUAGAAAGUGAUUCAAAUGAUAGUGCAUCGAGGACUCCAACAUAUGGAAGUACUGCUAACUCUACUCCUUCGCCCUUAUCGGUAGCGGCUAGAAAGCCUCCUAAGCCAAACCAAUUAGAUCAAUUCUACUUACCUUCUGGAGUUAAGUCUGUUGAUCAACUUUCUAUAAAAUCAUCAAUAUCCAAUUUAAGACCGAAUUUCCUGUCAGUUAAAAUUCCUCAAUCUCAAAUUAAAGAUGAUGGUGACGAUGAUGGAGAUGACGAAAAUGAAUCUACUAUUAAGUUUGUUGAUGAUGAUGAUGAUGACGAUGCUGAUGCUGAUGCUGAAGAAGGAGAAGAUAUCGUAGUUGGAGGAAAUGGCAGCAAAGUCUCGACAAAUGGAGAUCCGGAGGAGAAAUCUGAAAAACCAAACGACUAUUUUAACUAUAAGCCUGUUGAAAUGAUCAAAGGAAAUUCUUCAAAGAAAAGUAACAACGGAAUGCAUUCCCCUUCACUUAUUGCCAAUACUGAUGAUAUCAUUAAAGUAAUGAGGACUCCACAGUUCUUAGCUCAAGGUGAUAGCGAUGAUGAUAUAGAUGACAUCCCUUCUAUCAAUGACAGUGCAUUGAAUGCUAUUAAGCCACAAGCUAUUUCUUCAGGACCUACGAAUUCAAGAUCAGAAUUUUAUAAAAAUAAAUCCAAGCUAUCAUACGCCGCUACCAACUCUAAUGAUGAAGCUACAGUUACGCAAAAGCAACUACAAGAGGAAUUGAAGAACCUUAGUUUUAACGAUUUACCAGCCAAGGGACAACAUUUGAUUCUUAACGAAUUAAUGAAAGUGUAUUCUCCCAAAGAGGAUACGGCAGUUAUCUUUUCAACUUUACCAGCACCAUCAAUUGGAACUCAUUUAGAUGAAAAUGAUUCUAUGGAUUAUACAAAUAAUUUAGCAAUUUGGUUGCAUGAUUUACCACCAAUCUUAUUGCUUAAUUCACAAACAGUAACUGUUACUACAGCUUUAUAG